AUGGUGAGGUGCCCUCCCUGUUCAUACCUGCCCUGUAGCCCUGGGGGCCCUGCAGCACGACCUUUUGGGCAGGGCCUGGAAUGUCAGCCUGUUUCACUUUGUCCUGUCCACCCUCCCAGCAGCUGCAAGCAGCCCAAGCCUCAAGCUGCAUGUGCAGCUCAUAGGCCACCCCGGCCCUUAGGCAAUGCCCAGCUGGAAGUAAGAGGAAGCCAGCCAGCCUCUGCACUUGCUUGCAUCUGGGAUAUCUUCCCCAAUACCGUUUUUGCCGAUGUCAACGAAGACAGGCUUUUUACUCCUGAUCCUUGGGUGUGCCAAAGUAUUUGUACUCAUCAUUCCAACUGCCUGUUUUUUACGUUCCUUUCCAACGAACGGCCAACAGAAUCCCAACGAAAUCUUUGCCUCCUUAAAACAUCCCCAAGUGGAAUUCCAAGUAUACAAAGCACCAGAGAGAAUGCCUUUUCAGGUUUUAGCCUGUUGAGUUGCAGGCACAGUGUCCCUGUGCUUUGUCAUGGCACCAUUUAUGCCAAUACUGAUUUCUUGGGAGAGGAACUGGAUAUUUUUGAAGUUGAAGGUCAUAAAGCCUGCCAAGAAAGGUGCACAGACACCAUAUGCUGACAAUUUUUUACCUAUUCACCAACCAAAGAAACAUACAACAAAGGGAAAGGUAAAUGUUAUUUAAAAAUGUCUUUAAAUGGAUCUCCAAAUAAAAUACUUCAUGGAAGAGGAGGCAUCUCUGACUAUACAUUAAGGCUAUGUAAAAUGGAAAAUGCAUGCACAAACAAAAUAAAAGCAAAAAUUGUUGGAGGAACUAAUUCAGUUCUUGCUGAAUGGCCAUGGCAGGUGAGCUUGUAUGUCACAUCACCCAUCCAGAAACACCUGUGUGGAGCAUCCAUCAUUGGGAACCAGUGGAUAUUAACAGCUGCCCAUUGCCUUGAAGGACUAGAGGCUGCUGCAGUUUUAUGUGUCUAUGCUGGCAUUGUAAACCAGUCUGAGAUACAUGGAAACACCCCAUUCUUCAGAGUUCGAGAGAUAAUUAUCCAUGAAAAAUAUGAAAUGGCAAAACAUGGGUAUGACAUUGCCUUAUUGAAAGUUGAGGUUCCUGUUAAUUAUACCACUCUCCAGCAACCAAUAUGCCUUCCUUCCAAAGGAGAUGGAAAAAUGAUAUAUACCAAUUGCUGGGUAACUGGCUGGGGAUACACAAAAGAAAAAGGAAAAGUGCAAGACACUCUUCAGAAGACAUCUGUUCCUUUGAUAACAAAUGAAGAUUGCCAAAUGAGAUACAGAGAGCACAAAAUAAGCAAUCGGAUGAUCUGUGCUGGUUAUGAAGAAGGAGGGAAAGACGCUUGCAAGGGAGAUUCCAGAGGCCCCCUAUCCUGUCAACACAAUGCCAUUUGGUAUUUGGUGGGAAUAACCAGUUGGGGGGAAGGCUCUGCUGUCCUAGGACUUCGCGGUGUUUAUACCGAAGUGGACGAGUGUGUGGACUCUCAAUAUCUUUUGCCUCUAGGAAAUAAGAAAUAAGUUUUUAACUGCAAGACAGUUUUACAAUGCAUUAUUUCCUUUGGUGCUAAUGAACAAGAGAAAGUCAUUAAUUUUCCUUUGAUUUCAUUUUGAGAGUCAGCCAUGGGGCAGUGGCAAGCUAACUUUGAGGCCUGGAGAACCUGGGUUCAAGGCCUGCCUUCAGUACUGGCUGUAUGACUUUGGAGAAGUCAUUUAACCUUACACUGUUCUCAGCAACUCUCUAAGCAUUGCAGACAGGGUGCCCACCUGCAUUAGAAGAAGAAAUUUCCUCACCUGAGAAUUACCUAUAACAAUGAAACCACAGGUCUAGCUCCUAUUCUUAUCCCCUAGGAUUACUUCUG